AUGUCCGAUCAAUCUCCGAUCACUGAUCCUUACGCUUACCUCAACAUUGUGAAAAACAAAGAUGGUUCAAUCACUCGCGACCUCACCAACUUCCCAUGCGCCUCAGCUACACCUGAUCCUUCCCCACUAAACCCCGUCGUCUCCAAAGACAUUACCGUUAACCACUCAAAGUCAACAUGGCUCCGUCUCUACGUCCCCACCGCAACCGUAAACGACGGCGUUUCGUCUCAGAAACUCCCUCUCGUCGUCUAUUACCACGGCGGAGGAUUCGUCCUCUGCAGCGUCGAUUUCCAGGUCUUCCAUGAUUUCUGCUCAACCAUGUCGCGUGAUUUAAACGCGAUCGUUAUAUCUCCUUCGUACCGGUUAGCUCCGGAGCAUCGGUUACCGGCGGCGUACGACGACGGAAUCGAAGCGUUGGAUUGGAUUGGAAAAUCCGACGAUGAGUGGAUCAGAUCUCACGCUGAUUUCUCUAAUGUGUUUCUAAUGGGAACGAGCUCCGGAGGGAACUUAGCCUACGCCGUGGGGUUGAGAUCUGCAGAUUCCGUCUCCGAUCUAAGCCCGUUACAGAUCCGUGGAUUGAUUCUACACCAUCCGUUCUUUGGCGGAGAAGAGCGAUGCGGAUCUGAGAUUCGACUUGUGAACGAUCGGAUUCUUCCUCCGGUAAUCACCGAUGUUUUCUGGGAUCUUUGUCUUCCCGUCGGAGUUGGUCGUGAUCAUGAGUAUUCGAAUCCGACGGUGGGAGGUGGAUCGGAGAAUUUGGAGAAAAUCGGAGUGUUGAAAUGGAAAGUGAUGGUGAUCGGAGGAGAAGAAGAUCCGAUGAUUGAUCGGCAGAGAGAUUUGGCGGAGUUGAUGAAGAAGAAAGGAGUAGAAGUGACGGAGAGUACCGGCGGCGAUGUUCACGGUGCUGAUAUCUAUGAUCCUUCAAAACGUGAAACUCUGUUUGCUUCAGUUAGAGAUUUCAUUUCGUCUUCUUCCUCUGCUCUGUAA